UUGAAGCUUAGUUUUGGUUUGAUUCUUUGCUCAUUUUGGAGAGGGAGAGAGAAGAGAUGAAGCACUGGGGUCUGGCUUUGUUUGUUUUUCUUUUGUUUCAAGAGCAAGGAAGUUUUGUGCAAGUGGAAGCUGAUGAUGGGUUUGUCAAAACUAAAGGAAUGCAACUUAUGCUGGAUGGGAGCCCUUUCUAUGCAAAUGGGUUCAAUGCUUACUGGCUUAUGUACAUGGCUGCUGAUCCAUCUCAGAGAAGCAAAGUCUCAACUGCAUUUCAAGAAGCUAAACAGCAUGGCCUCAACAUAGCCAGAACUUGGGCUUUCAGUGAUGGUGGAGACAGACCUCUUCAGUACUCACCUGGUUCCUACAAUGAGCAAAUGUUCCAGGGAUUGGAUUUUGUAGUGUCUGAGGCUAAGAGAUAUGGGAUUAAGCUAAUCUUAAGUUUUGUGAAUAACUAUGAUCAAUUUGGAGGGAAAAAACAGUAUGUGAACUGGGCAAGAAAUCAAGGACAGUCCAUUGGCUCUGAUGAAGAUUUCUUUACAAACUCUGUUGUGAAGGAAUACUACAAGAACCAUAUCAAGACUGUUCUUACAAGAAGAAACAGCCUGACUGGAGUGGCUUACAAAGACGAACCAACAAUAAUGGCAUGGGAGCUUAUGAAUGAGCCUAGGUGCUACUCGGACCCAUCAGGAAGGACCAUGCAGGCCUGGAUUACAGAGAUGGCUUCUCAUGUGAAAUCCAUUGAUGGUAAUCACUUGCUAGAAGCUGGUUUGGAAGGGUUUUAUGGCCCAUCAUCGUCUCAAAAGCAGCAGUUUAACCCUAACUUCCAAGUAGGAACUGAUUUCAUUGCAAACAAUCAGAUCCCAGGCAUUGAUUUCGCUACAGUUCACUCUUAUCCCGACCAAUGGUUACAAAGCUCAAGCGAUGAAAGCCAAAUUGCCUUCCUGAAUAAUUGGCUGAACAAUCACAUCCAGGAUGCUCAGAACAUCCUCCAGAAGCCAGUGCUGUUUGCUGAGUUUGGAAAAUCAUUAAAAAUCUCUGGUCCUAGCCAAAGAGACGAGCUGUUCAACACUGUGUACACAGCAAUUUACUCUUCGGCUAGGGGAGGAGGUGCAGCAAUCGGUGGAUUAUUCUGGCAGCUUUUCGCUGACGGAAUGGACUCUUUCCGAGAUGGGUACGAGGUAAUCCUGAGCGAAGGCACCUCGACCGUCAACAUCAUCACUCAAGAGUCUCAGAAACUCAAUCGGAUUAGGAAGAUGUAUGUGAGGUUAAGGAACAUCGAGAAAUGGAAGAAAGCUAGGGAUGUCAGAAGGGCACAAUGGUGGGCUGGGAAUGGUAACAGUAACACAGGAAAUUGAGACAGAGAAGUCCUCAUGGUGUUUGAAUAGUAAAGUAUAAGAGAACAAAAAAAGUUACUAGUUGAUGUCCUACUAUUUUAUAACGAGGUUUUGUUUUAAGGAGGCGAAUUCUCUCCUAGAAAUGAACUGUAAUCAUCAAAGCUAAAAGUGUAAUAGAUUCUGUGAUUAAGUACUAAUUUGAUGAACCAACUUAUUUUGUGCUGUAA